AUGAAUGGAAAGCAACCGGAAGUUAUAUUCUCCGAUCAAUGUCAAGCUUUGAUGAAUGCUAUUGAUUCUCAAUUCAAAGGCGCGGCUCAUCGCCUAUGUCAAUGGCAUAUCAAUCAAAAUGCCCCUUCUCACUUUAGGUCCUUGAAUGGUAACAGUGAGUUCAAGAGAGCUUGGCAUCAUUGCAUGAAUUGGUGCGAGAGCGAGGAAGAAUUUGAAAGCUUGUGGACAAAAAUGAUUGCAGAUCAUGGAUUGGCUGAGCAUCGGUGGUUUGCAAGUAUGUACAGAUUGCGUCAGAGAUGGGCUUCUGUUUUCACUAACUCUCGUUUUUCUGCCGGAUUACAUGCUACUUCGCGAAGUGAAGUAACGAACAGGGUUUUGAAGGAUUUGAGUAGAAGAAGUGGCUCGUUAUUUGAAUUUGUCCUCAAUUACAAGACAUUCAUAGGCAAGCAUCCCCCACGGAAAAGAGUUAAACUUUUCCAAGUCGUCCACCAAGUGAAUUAG